GUCGGCUACACGUGAUGGUCGGUGCGCGUCACCGAAGCGCUGUCGCUCGCCUGGAGACUGGAGCAGGGCUGACUGACACUGUGCAGCAGGCUACUGUAAAUAAAGAAUAAAAAAAACCAACAAACUAACAGGCAACAAAUAAGCAAGCCGGGCAGCAUCGGAUUUGAGCGUGCCAAGUAAAAGGGGGAAAGCAAAACAUGGCUGGUUUGAUGGCAGGUUUCGGUCAUUACACCCACGCCGUCGUCCGGGGGAUCCCCUCGUCCCUGGCCAAAGAAGCGCUCCGGAGCUGCCAGGCGGAGGUGGACGUGGCCAAGGCGCGGAGGGAGCACGACGCGUACGUCGAGGUUCUGAGGACGAGGCUCGGGCUGGAGGUGGUCGAGCUCCCCGCGGACGAGUCGCUCCCGGACUGCGUGUUCGUGGAGGACGCGGCCGUGGUGUGCGGUGACACGGCGCUCAUCACCAGACCCGGGGCAGAGAGCAGGAGGAGAGAGACGGAGGCAAUGAAAGGGGCUCUGAAGGAUUUGAAUCUGAACAUUGUGGAGAUGACUGAUGAGAAUGCAACGCUGGAUGGAGGAGAUGUCCUUUUUACUGGUCGAGAGUUCUUUGUGGGACUUUCCAAAAGGACCAAUCAGAGAGGAGCAGAGAUCCUAGCAGAUGCAUUUAAGGACUAUGCUGUUUCUACUGUGCCUGUGCUGGAAGGGCUGCACCUGAAGACCUUCUGCAGCAUGGGAGGACCCGGCCUCAUUGUCAUCGGCUCCAGUGAACCAGCACAGAAAACCCUCAAAAUCAUGCAGCAAAUGAGCGACCAUCGCUAUGACAAACUGACGGUGCCCGAUGACCUCGCUGCCAACUGCGUCUACAUGAACCUGCCCAACAAGGGACAUGUGCUUAUGCACUGCACACCUGAGCAGUAUCCAGAGAGCGUAAAGGUGUUUGAGAAGUUGAAGGACCACAUGCUGAUUCCUGUGUCCAACCUGGAGAAGGUCAAGGUGGACGGAGGCCUCACAUGCUGCUCCAUGCUCAUCAACAAGAAGGCUAACAACUGAGCGCGCUCACUAGGGGUCUCUCAGUGCAUGGUAACCAAGCGGAGCCUGUAUCUGAUCACCACAGAUCCUAAAGGUUUAACAAAGCGCUCCUGGUACUUAGAGGAGGAAUAAUCUAGCUUAAAGCCACUGAGGUUCAGCGAAUAUAUCAAAUGAAAGGAAUCAUGUAGUCUCACUUUUCACUACAAUACAAUCAUUAAAGGUCUUAAAGUGUGUGAAUAAUUCAACUUUAAAAGAAGACAAUAGUUUCUGGUUACCUAUGUGUCUGUAAGAAUCAAGAUAUUACAUCAAAAACGAGUCUUAAUUUGUUCUUGAUUUUGAUACAUUCUGUGAUAAACACAAAAGAACAGGUUGCAGGUUUGAUCAAAUCCCUUGUUAUUUCAGUACCUGCUUCUUUGCUCGUCUAUAAAUUGCUCUGAUUAAUAACAGAUUUGUCCGAUGAUUGAAGAUCUGAAAAUGAGUAGACCUUGUGCCGUGUUGAGUCCCCACAUAACUGAACCUGCAGAACGCCUACCGCUCAUGUGUAGACCAAUCCUUCACUACUUUCCAGUGAUUCCAACCCUUAAAGAGAACCACACAGAUCAGAACCAACUAAACUAGAUGGAUCUAAAUGAUAAACUAGAUUUUGAUGCCAUUGUAAACUAGUCUUACCAACACCACACUUCUAUUUUCCAAAUUACGUAGCUAAUACCGACAUCUACAGUGAAUAUAAAAAAGUAUACGGUUGGUUUCAAACUGUUUACAAGCAGCAUUUUAACUGUGAUUCGAUUUUUCUGUGUGUGCUUGUGUUUGCAGUUGAGACAUUUGUGACUCAUUUUUCAAGAACUGUAUUUUGGCUUACAAUGAAGUCCUGCUGCCGCUUUUAUAUAGAACCUGAAUGUCACUGUUGCUCUGUAGCAUUUAACUUUCACUUGUGUGUUAAAUUGCUGCUUUUUCUUUGCAGUUGGUGCUAAAACAGAAUUCAAACUCACCCACACACCACUGUGUAUUUACUGAAAGAAUAGUGGCUAUUUUGAUUUGUCGAUCUGAAAAUACAGUUCUUGAAAAGCUUUCUGGAGACGUGAGCUUUUGGUAUGAUGAUUUUCUUUGUGUGAUUUGUUAUGAUUUUGUGAUUGAUAUUGAAAGUUCUGCCACUGAGACCUGAGACACUGUUCAUUUUUUGACUAUUGCUUACUAAUCAUUGCCCUUUUUCAUACAGUAACGCAGCUGUUUUUUUAAACUUGUUUAAAUGUACUCAUCCUUACUAUCUGCUACCAGCUAAAAAAGCUAACAGUAACUGACAAGUGAUGGUAAAAGGACCAUCGGUGGUUUCUGCGGUUUCAUAUCCCUUCCAGUAAGCCUCCGUUAGAUUCAUAUGAAGAUGCAAACUUAAGCAAAAAUAAAAGGGGAAUGACUGAUACUUAUUUAAAAAAUGACUUGAUACCUUUUGCCAACCCUGUUCACGUAGGAAAUGUAUGUUUUCAUUAUCAUAAAAUGAACCAAGCUUUCAUUUACUCCAACAUAGCACCUCUGUUACUUUAAAUAUACAAGACUUCUGUGGAAAAUCAAUGACUUAAUUCCUGCUGAAUGAUUCUGAAGACACUGUAGUUUUUCUCACACCACUGGAUUCUGCCUGUGUUGUUGAUUACACUGUUUUUUUCCCCUCCCUCUCGGGCAGUUUGUACCCCAGUACUGACUUAGAGCAUGCUGUGAAACUGAUGUCUGUUCCACAAAAUCCAAUAGCACCGAAUGUGACUGCAGAGGGUUUGAACUCAGCAGGCAGAACAAGCCAACAGCCCCUCUUUAAUGUGUUUCCAUGCGUGUUCCAGUAGCAGUUGGAAGGAUGUCGACCUGUUUUAGUGGCCUUAUGUAUAUGUUGUUGCUUGAUUCAUGUUGGAGGCCUGUAAACACGACAACACAGUGUAUGUAAACAGGUAUAGUGUACUACUCCCUUUCACUGUACUUGUUAAAGCCCAUCGCAGCUAAAACCAUGUUGUUUCUCAGUGUGAUUGUAAGUGAAAGUUGAGGAUAUGACAUCAGGAGGUGAUUCAGCCUCUCUCCGUAGACGUUUGCGUAUGGGCAAGUGGGCAGUGAUGAAACAUGGAAAGAAUUCAUGUUGGGAGGAGAGGCUUGUACGCCAGUAAACAGCGACCCUUUAAAAGUUUCUCUGUCUUUCUCUUGACGGUCUCACUCUCUGCACUUGCCUUCUCCCACCCUCUGCUAUUGCCUCAUAGACGAUUCUGGGCUAAUUUAUGGCCAUGAUAUCAUACAGUCUGGCGGACACUGUGGAUGUGAUGGCCUGCCGUUAAAGUGUGACAGCAAUAUAUUUAACAGAAGGCGGCUGGCUGAAAGCGGGAUGAUAACAUACAGUAGUUGCAGAGCCAGUUCUGAUUCUCACGCUGGAAAUCCAGAAGGCAGAACGAGGCAGGACCAGUCAUACGCUGUCUAAUUAGCACCACUGUCAACUGUUUUAGAACAAGUAAUGCCAAUUUAUCUUGAUCUGUCAUCCCCUCUCGCAGCGUUACCCAUCAGCCUUUCAUUGGUUGUACAUCUCUUAGACACCAUAACAAUCAUCAAACAAUCUGAAUGUUCCUCUAAACACUUUUUUCAUGAUGUUGUGAUUGUCCAUCUCAGGUCUCUUGGUUUCAUACGAGUAACAAUUAUUUGAAUGAUCUUAAACUGAGCCUUUCUUUGUGUAAUAAAUUAACAUCUAGCAUUUA